UACAUAGAGAAGAAGUAGGGCUCGAAAGCUCCUUCACACCGCGCACAUGUAACCGACUUGACCUCCGGCCGGAGCACCAGACUACUGUGGGCUUUACACUACGGUGAUUUAUAUAAGUUACCGGCAGUGUUUAAAUACAAAGGCAGUCCAAUAGUUCCGUCCUGCCGUUUUCUCCUCGUUGAAGACGUGGUAGUUUCUGCUAUUUGUUGGAAUGCAGGCGCUGUCUCCAGGCGCGGGGCCUGUGGAUACACGGCCUCAUGAAGACGACAUCGAAGGAGAUGAUGAAGAUGAAGACCUGGAUGAGACCUUACUGGAGCGGCUGUGGGGACUGACUGAGAUGUUUCCAGACACACUGCGGUCAGCAGCUGAAGUAUCAGCACAGCGCUCAUUGUCUAUAGCCAAGAAACUUUACAGUUUUUCUCGCACUGCUCUGUGGGUGGGCAGUACUUCCUUUAUGAUUCUGGUUCUUCCCGUUGUCUUUGAGACAGAGCGACUACAGCUGGAACAACAGCAGCUACAACAGCAGAGACAGAUUUUAUUGGGGCCAAAUGCUGGAAUGUCUGGUGGAAUGCCAGGAAUGAUGUCCCCCGCUCCUGGAAAGCUCUGAAGAGGGUCCUGUAUCAGCCUUGUGCUGCAGCUCAUAGGGGAACUGGAGAGGAGAUACAGAGCAUGAGUGAACUGGGGCAAGAGAAAAAAGGAAGUGGACAUCUGUCAACAUACUUGCAGGACUUGUGUGAACAGGGGAAGAUGUGUCCUUUCCAAAGAGCAUCAGAAUGUGUUUCUGUUUGCCUCUAUCUGUGUCCAGCAUACAUGUCUGAGCACUGACCUUUUUUUUUUUUCUUUUUUUUUUGUCUUGUGUCUUGCUGAUGAUGGUGAUAACUGUAUUAGAGAAUUUAGAUUCUGUAGUAAAUCCAUAUGUGGCUCUGGUGAAACAUCAGUUUUAAACUGUACAGAUGGAUUUUACAAUGUGUUCAUUUUGAACUUUUCUUAAUGGAUUACAAAGACAAGAUGAAAGCUCUGCUCAUUCUAAAGGACACAAGCAUUCACAUGUUUUGGUUGUUGCAAACUUUUGUUUGAUGAAUGUAAAAUUACUGUUAACAGUGUCCUUUACAAAUGACUUUCAAGCUAACAUUUAGAGGAAAUGCGAUGACAAGCCAUACAACUUAAUGAAUAAUGGAUCAUAGUAGGUUUCACUUUUUGGUUUGUAAUAACAGUUUGUGUAACAUUUCUUGCUUAUUAAACAAUGAGCCUAAGGUUAAUAUAAGACCUGUAUAGUAACCUGAUUAAAGAAAAUCAUUAAAUCAC